AUGACAAAAGACUCAUCUCAUGAAGACGAUGACGAAUUAAGGCAAAUAUGGAAUCUGUUUAAAGAAGCGCCGGAAAAUAUACAGGAAAGAAGACAAAAGAUCACCCAAUUGAUACAUGAGAACAAUAUCUCUUCGUUUCCCGAUAGCCUUUCUGUUUUUUCUGCUCUUGACGAGCUCAUAGGCUGUUUUUCUUUAGGGGGGCAAUUGAAAAGCUACUAUAGGUAUGGAUCAUACGAUAAUUGUGCAAGGCAAAGGGAAAAGUUUUGGUUCGCUGUCAAAAAUGGAGCACUUUACCAGCUGGAUACAGAUGUCGGAAAGCUAAGUGAAGCUGAAAUAAAUAAAAGAAAAAAAAUUCAAGAUUUUUAUAAAAGAAGAUUAAUAGAAGAUAAAGCAAAAGGUAGUUCGGAAGAUGUUUGGGACAUAAGGCAAACGUUGUUAAAUCGACCCUUUAAUGGUCAUCAAGAAUCACAGGGCAAGCAUUCACCCUCGAGCCUGACCUCCUGA